AUGGUCUUGUCACCAAGAUUUUGGUCUACAGCCUGUCUGCUUUUAGGUAGCUUGCAUGCCCGGAUUGUGGAUGCCAUUCAGACCGUCUCUGCGGUUGGUUCUAAGUUCUUCUAUGAGGAUGGCACCCAGUACUUUCUCAAAGGCGUGGCCUAUCAGCUUGUUCCCGAAGAUCCUUUGGUUGAUACGGCUCAAUGCCAGCAUGAUAUCGAACGCAUGGCGGAGUUGGGCACGAACGCCAUCCGCGUCUAUCACGUCGAUCCCGAUGCCAACCACGAUGGCUGCAUGAACGCGCUCGCAGAUGCGGGCAUCUACUUGUUCGUAGAUCUCGACACGUUCGACACCUCCAUCCAACCGGUCCGUCGUAUCCGUCCUGACGACCCGCAAUGGACCGAGUCCCAGUUCGACCGCUACAAAGCUGUGUUGGAUGAGUUUCAGAGGUACAGCAACACGGCCGGUGUCUUCGUUGGCAACGAAGUCCUGACCACCUCGGAAAACUCAGCUGCCGCGUCGUACGUUCUCGCCGCAGCCCGGGAUAUAAAGUCCUACCGCAGUAAAAAAGGAUACCGCCAGAUUCCAGUAGGUUAUUCGGCCGCUGACGUCGCUGAGCUGCAACCCAUGCUGCAGAAUUACCUCGCGUGUCGUCCGGAUCCAGAAGAGCGAUUGGAUUUCUUCGCUCUGAAUGCCUACGAAUGGUGUGGACCGUCCUCCUACGAGGAGUCCGGCUACAAGCAUCUCCAGAACCAAGCCCACAACUAUCCCAUCCCCAUCUUUUUCUCUGAGACUGGUUGCAAUGUAGCUCGUCCACGAACUUUCGAAGACCAGGCUGCCAUAUUCGGUGAUGAUAUGUCCGAGACCUGGUCGGGCUCCAUUGUCUACGAGUGGAUCGAAGAAACAAACGACUACGGCCUGAUCAGUUAUGGUGCCACGGUCUCGCAUGACGCCGUCCAUGCAGCCAAACCCAUGGUCCAAGAUGGGUUCACUCGCCAAGGUGUACCGACUCCUAUAUCCCCUGAUUUCGAUAAUUUGAAAUCCCAGUGGGCUUCGCUCACGCCUACCGGCAUCGCACUCUCCGAUUACAUCAAGUCCAUCUCGACUAUCUCCCCACCCAAGUGUCCAUCCUCAACGCCUGGUGGAUGGUCCGUAGAUCCCAGCGCGCCUCUUCCUACUCUCCAGCAGAGUUAUCAGCAAGCGCUGCCUACAUCGACAACCGGCCACCGAUCAGGUGAUGCCGGCUCGGAACCCGCCGCCAAAUCCGGAUCCGUCACUGCAUCGUCCAGAUUGGGCUCACCGAGUGCGUCGGCUUCUGCCACUUAUUUCAACUACACCCUCAGCAACGCUGGUAACCCCGUUUCUGUUCCUAGGCUAAAUGGUUUUGAUCGGCUUGCAGAUGGGAUAUUGAUGUUCAGUGCAUUUGCCGUUUUGGCGGUGUGCUUGUGA